AUGCUUGUUGACCUGUCCCACGUCAGUGCGGAGACCAUGCGAGGAGCUUUAAAAGUCGCCGAAGCACCUGUGAUAUACAGCCACAGCGGCGCUUGGGCGAUGACGAACCAUGGCCGCAACGUUCCAGAUGAUGUUUUGCAGAUGGUGAAGCGCAACCGGGGAGUCGUAAUGGUUCCCGCCGUAGAGCCGUUCCUCAGGAAGCAAGGGAAGGACAAGGCGACUGCGGAGGAUAUGCUGGAUCAUAUCAUGCACAUUGCCAACUUGAUCGGGUGGGAGCAUGUUGGCCUCGGGAGUGAUUUCGAUGGGACUACUCUCAUAGUGGAGGGUUUGGAGGACACUUCGAAAUGGCCCGAGCUGAUCGCUCGACUGAUUGAAAGGGAGAACGUGACAGAUGGGGAAGUAGCGGGUCUCCUGGGAGAGAACGUCUUGAGGGCCUGGUCUGAAGCGGAAGAGGUAGCGACACAAAUGCAGGAGAGCGGUGCACUGCCUAGCGAGGAGAAUUGGGAAGGCAGGAUUUGGGAAAGAGAGAACCUGGAUGUCCCGCGUUUGUUCAGUGAGAAGUGA